AUUUCAAAGAGUAAUAGAUAUUAAGAUAGUGAAAGUUCGAGCUUUUUUAGUCAAGAAACAACCCAGCAGUUUCCAUUUUUUUUUUCAAUUUCUCAGACCAAGAAAAAAGAUAAAAAGAAAACCAGAACUGACCCAAGUUUUUUCUUUUUUUUUUCCCUCGUUUUUCUUACACAAUCUUCUAAUUCUUCCUCAGUCUUCCUUAAACUGAUAUACCCAAAAAUCCAUUAACCCCCAAAGUGUCAAAGACAAGGAAGAAAGAGAUGGAGCUGAGAAGAUUGUUACAUGUUGUUCUAAGUUUUUGGUUGCUGUUGUGUAUAGGGUGUAGUGAUGGGAGGUUUGUGGUCGAAAAGAACAGCUUGACGGUGACUUCGCCGGAGAAGAUUAAGGGAACCUACGACAGUGCAAUUGGGAACUUUGGGAUACCUCAAUAUGGGGGAAGCAUGGCUGGUACUGUGGUUUACCCUAAGGAUAACCAAAAGGGUUGUAAAGCUUUUGAUGAGUUCAGUAUUUCCUUUCCAUCCAAGCCUGGUUCUCUUCCUACUUUUGUUUUGGUGGAUCGUGGAGAUUGCUUCUUUGCUUUAAAGGUUUGGAAUGUUCAGAAGGCUGGUGCUUCUGCGGUGCUUGUUGCGGAUGAUAUUGAAGAAGCUUUAAUAACCAUGGACACACCAGAAGAGGAUAGUUCAUCUUCUAAAUACAUUGAAAAUAUAACAAUUCCGUCUGCCCUUAUUCAGAAAUCUUUUGGUGAAGCUCUAAAGAAAGCAAUCAGUGGUGCAGAUAUGGUUAAUGUUAAUCUUGAUUGGCGCGAGUCUGUUCCGCACCCUGAUGAUCGUGUGGAGUACGAGCUAUGGACCAACAGCAACGAUGAAUGUGGAGUUAAAUGUGAUAUGCUGAUGGAAUUCGUGAAGGAUUUCAAGGGUGCCGCACAGAUACUUGAAAAAGGUGGCUAUACUCAAUUCACACCCCAUUAUAUAACUUGGUACUGCCCUCAGGCUUUCACCAUAAGCAAACAGUGCAAAUCUCAAUGCAUUAACCAUGGAAGGUAUUGUGCACCUGAUCCCGAACAAGAUUUUAGCUCCGGUUAUGAGGGGAAAGAUGUCGUGAUUGAAAACUUAAGGCAGCUAUGCGUUUUCAAAGUGGCAAAUGAGAGCAAUAAGUCCUGGUUGUGGUGGGACUACGUGACAGAUUUUCAAAUAAGAUGCCCCAUGAAGGAGAAAAAAUAUAACAAGGAAUGCGCCGAUGCUGUUAUCAAAUCUCUUGGGCUUGACAGUAAAAAGAUUGAAAAGUGUAUGGGAGACCCUAAUGUUGAUGCAGAUAAUCCUGUUCUAAAAGAAGAACAAGAUGCCCAAGUGGGGAAAGGAUCUAGAGGUGAUGUUACUAUAUUGCCUACGCUUGUUGUCAACAAUCGCCAAUACAGAGGAAAGCUGGCCAAAGGUGCUGUUCUGAAGGCCAUCUGUUCUGGUUUCGAAGAGACUACUGAACCAGCUGUUUGUUUGAGCGGUGAUGUUGAGACGAAUGAAUGCUUGGAUAACAAUGGUGGUUGUUGGCAAGAUAAAGCAGCCAAUCUCACAGCUUGCAAGGAUACAUUUCGAGGGAGGGUCUGUGAAUGUCCCUUGGUUGAUGGUCUGCAGUUCAAAGGAGAUGGAUAUAGUCACUGUGAAGCUAGUGGCCCUGGAAGGUGCAAUAUUAACAAUGGAGGUUGUUGGCAUAAAUCACAAGACGGACACACGUACUCUGCUUGUGUGGAUACUGGAGAUGUUAAAUGCCAGUGCCCUCCCGGGUUUAGAGGUGAUGGUAUCAACAAUUGUGAAGAUAUUGAUGAAUGCAAAGAGAAGAAAGCCUGCCAGUGCCCUGAAUGUAGCUGCAAAGACACCUGGGGAAGCUAUGAGUGCACUUGCAGUGGAGAUCUUCUGUAUAUCAGGGACCACGAUACCUGUAUAAGUAAGAGUGGUACUGAAGUAAAAUCGGCAUGGGCUGCUGUUUGGGUCAUUUUAAUUGGCUUGGCAAUGGCUAGUGGUGGUGCAUAUCUUGUUUACAAAUAUAGAUUAAGGUCGUACAUGGAUUCCGAAAUCCGAGCUAUAAUGGCACAAUACAUGCCUUUGGAUAGUCAAUCCGAAGUUCCAAACCACGUAAGUGAAGAUCGUGCAUGAACAAACAACUCAAAUCGAUGUGGUUCUUGUUGCACACUUAAUUCAUUUGGAUUUCAAGCAUCCCACAGUAUUGAUAUGUAAAAUAUAUGGGACGAAAAAGAAAUUGGGAAUAGAAAGGUGGUCUUUGUUCCUUGUAAUUUAAGACCAUUUGUGGCAACUUUGUAAUGCAUUUUGUGCCAUUUAGGGUUUAACUGAGCUUUUUGUUCUUACUGUAUUUUUAUUUUGAAGGAAAGUUGUUUAGGUUAUUUGUCUUCCUUUCCAUCUUUGGUGCUUUUGACUUCUUGUGGCUUACGCUUCACACGUGUCUUGCCCGUGAAGGCAUCUGUAACAUGUGCCCUGUUUUUGUUUUAAUGAUAGAAUCCAUUUUUGCUCUGUU